CUGGGGCCAGUGGAGGGCUUCAGCACAGCCCAAGCCAACUCUCACCAAACAGCUGGAGCACUGAGUCUCCUGCGUGCUGGUGUCCAAUCAUGAAACGCCACUUCACAGACCAUAGGGGAGAACAGUCACCCACAGAUGGGGCCAGCCUCAGCUUGGCCAGCCCGGAGUCCACAGAAGAGAGGGUGGAAGUAUCCUGGUCAGGGGCCGUAAAGAGAGAGGAACCAUCUCCGCGGCCCGGGCCGGCCGUUCCCCACGAGGAGGACCUCUACUUGGCCGGCAGGGCUCGGGCGAUGCUGAGCUGGAGCAGUUCUCCGUCUGCCCAGUCCUCCUCCGAGUACCAGUCCUACUCCCAGUACCAGUCCUGCUCCUCCUGCACGCACGACGGAGAGGACGCCGCCCAGCAGAGCGCGUGCGCCUUCUACACCCACGUGCAGACGGUGCAGGGCGUGGCCGUGGCCUGGGAGACCGAGACGGGCUUCGAGCCGGUCAGCAGGAAGCCACGCAUUCACCAAGCCGAGUUCGUCAAGAGGCAGAGGAGGAAAGGCUCCUCCUUCGAGAUGGCUUCCAACACCGACCUGCGCUGGGAACUGGAAGCCAGCAGGAACACCUGCUGCCCGAAGCAGGACGACGCGGAGCUGCUAGGGCCCCUCGAGUGCUGCCUGCAGGAGCUCCGGGACACACCGGACUGGCUGGUCACCACGAACUCUGGGCUGCGCUGCGUGGCCUGCUGCCGGGUCUUCCCCACGUUGGAGGCUCUGCUCAAGCACGCCCAGUAUGGCAUCCAAGAGGGCUUCAGCUGCCAGAUCUUUUUUGAGGAGAUGCUGGAGAGAAGGCGGGCCCGGGGCCAAGUGCAGGAGCUAGAGCUGCACGAGGAGGAGCAGUGCCCUUCGGAAGGCAGUGAAUGUUCAAGGCGGCACGCCAGGGUGCUUCCCUCGCAGCAGCAGAGCAGUGAGCUGGAGGUCAUGUGCCCAGCCCUGGCCUCACCUCCGGCACCUCAGUUGCUCCUUCCGCAGCCAGCAGGACCAGCACUGCAGGGGCGGGGGAAGAAAGCCAGCAGGAGCUAGAGCUGGGAGGGCCUGACAAGGCAAGGGGAAGAACCCUUCCAAACGGCACAGCAUUUCAACCAGAGUCCAUUUCAAAACCUGAAUCCAAAGAGGAGGGCUUCAAGUGUUUCUGACCAUGGGAACGAGAUCUGAGGCCCACAAGCCUGUGGCCACAGGGAUUUCUAUUUUUGUUGGUAGAUCAAGCAGGUUGUGACUCAAAGGAGAGCCAACUGCAAAUGAAGCGUCAGCCCUAUAUUUUUCAUUGUUAGGAACCCGCCAUAUGCCCUAGUUCUAUGUCUUAUUUUAGUGGGAUUAAACUUGAGUAACUCAAAACGUAAGGCCUUGUCAAAAGGAGUGAACCAUGCUAUUAGGUUGGAGCCACAGGAAAUCGCCAUUUCUGUAGGUUAUACACCAGCACAGACGCCUGGAGACAGAUUAAGUAGCAGCAGCUGGAGAUCAGGGAAAAGUGAUGGGCGUUCAGAAUAAAUGAAAGAUGACAGGAACCUUGGGAACCUGGGACUACCACCAAGUAUGUAUCAGGGCGGGUAAGGAGAACUCCUCCAGGGGACACAAGGGACCUCAAAUAUUUUUAGAUAUUGAACCUCUUUAGACCUUUUUUUCCCCCAACCAUAGAAAAAGAUGCAACUCAUUAUAUGACACUUAUGGAAACCUGAUAAUGCCUGACAAAGACAGCAUUAAAAAACAUGCACCCAUGACUUCCCCCUAUGCACGAGGCCUGGGCUCAAGCAAGAGGGACACAGAGAUGACUGCGAGUCAGUGUCUGGCCUUGGGGAUCAGACAGGACAUUUACGUUACCAUAGUUGCAGCACAAAGGACUAGCUCCUUGUAUCCUGCCUUCUUUCAGCCGGGAAGGCUGCGCGGAGCAACCUGGCCUGCCUGAGAUGGAGACCAGAGCUUUUCCCCGGCAGCUUGCCUGGGCUCCUGCAGCUAUCAGCCCGGCUUCCCCCUUGGCCAGCCCUGGGACUCUGUGUGAGCCAGUGUUUGGGAGGAACCUGAGCAGUCUGA